GGAGAGAGCAUGCUGACUUCAGACUGACAUUUGACUCCUCAACCCACAGGCAACAGUGGUGACGGUGCAGGCGGGACUCUCCUUAUUUCUGCGGUCGUUCUGAGAGUUUGCUCCUCUGUGCAACAGCAUGUUUCUUGCUUCUCCGUUUUCUUCACUUGGAAAGCUGACGGGGUACUCCGAAAGUCCUGGGAGUGGUCUCUCUCAAACGAGUCCUGGAAUGUGCUUUUAAAGGGAGGAAAAGCCUAUCAACGUGACUCCUUAACCCUGUUUUUUAGUUUUUCCCUCUUUCCUGGGAUUGCUACUUAAGUCUCCUUUCAGGCGCUGGAAACUGGAUCUACUUGUGUAACAUUCCUAGAUUACAUCAAAUACGUUUUUUUUUUUUUUUUUUUUUUUUUUCCCCCUCACUUUCCGCUUGACCAAAUUUCUUUGCUCAUCCUGGACUAUUCUUUACUGAAGCGAAAGUCUUUAAAAAAGCAAAUGUCCUGCUCUCCACUUUAAGGGAAGGCUGCUGGAAUUACGCAAAUUGUGCGAGUGUGUUCGGGACUCAUCCCUUCCUCCUUUGGGGGGUUUGGGGUGGGGAUACCUUACAGUGGCCCUGGGUGACCUGUUGGAGCUGUGUUUCUGUCUAUCACGGCUAUUCGAAUAAGAUUAUAGGAAAACGAGAGUGAAACAGGAAAGGAGGGACCCUGUCUUAUGGGACCUUUUGUUUUUAUGGAAAGAGCACGAUGAAGAGUCAAUCUGCUCCCCAUGUCUGCUACUGUUAGACUACAGCCUGUGUACUCAUGGAAGGGGGUGCUCAAGCUCUUCUCUUGCAUAGCGGCCCGAACUGCUAGCAAAACUAAAGAGGUCCACACAUUUCAAGGAAAAAAGAAAGACGUACUUGGGAAUCAUAUGGACGAAGAAAUGAGUCGCCAGACUGCCACAGCGCUGCCCACAGGAACCUCUAAGUGUCCCCCUUCUCAGCGCGUCCCAAACUUGUCGGGCACCACCGCAUCCAACAGUGACCUCGCCAGCCUGUUUGAGUGCCCGGUUUGUUUUGACUAUGUGCUGCCGCCCAUCCUGCAGUGCCAGAGCGGGCAUUUGGUUUGUAGCAACUGCCGGCCCAAACUCACCUGCUGCCCUACCUGCAGAGGCCCACUUGGGUCAAUUCGCAAUUUGGCCAUGGAGAAAGUGGCCAACUCGGUGCUUUUCCCUUGCAAGUACGCCUCAUCAGGCUGCGAAGUUACCCUUCCGCACACAGACAAGGCUGAACACGAGGAGCUUUGUGAAUUCCGGCCAUACUCUUGCCCCUGUCCUGGCGCCUCCUGCAAGUGGCAGGGAUCUCUCGAUGCCGUCAUGCCUCACUUGCUGCACCAGCACAAGUCCAUAACCACGCUACAAGGUGAGGAUAUUGUCUUCCUGGCCACAGACAUCAACUUGCCUGGGGCAGUGGACUGGGUCAUGAUGCAGUCGUGCUUCGGCUUCCAUUUUAUGCUCGUGUUAGAGAAGCAGGAGAAAUACGACGGCCACCAGCAGUUCUUUGCCAUCGUGCAGCUGAUCGGCACACGAAAACAGGCGGAAAACUUCGCCUACCGGCUGGAGUUAAAUGGCCAUCGGCGGCGGCUCACCUGGGAGGCGACGCCACGUUCCAUCCAUGAGGGCAUUGCCACCGCCAUCAUGAACAGUGACUGCCUGGUGUUUGACACCUCCAUUGCUCAGCUGUUUGCGGAGAAUGGCAACCUGGGCAUCAAUGUCACCAUAUCCAUGUGCUGAGGACUAACAGCUGUGCAUACUUGAACACAUACACACAUGAAACCAGACAUUUCAGAACACCGCAGGAUACCUUGAGUUGUGCUUGGGGGACGGGGGAGUAGCUAUCCUAGGGAACUUUUUGCUGUUGUACGUUCCAAGUAGUCAUAAAAAAAAACUGUUAUUGGUUGGAGCUUGGCACGUCCGACCAGACUUUACUCCUGGGUUCUCAGUUUUAUGCUACAAUAUUAUAUAAAUUAAAUAAUUAAUGUAUUCUACAUUUUUGAGAGCAACAUUCAUUGCCCUUGAAGGUAUAGGAAAGCCACGUUUGUGGAAUGGACAUUUGCAAAUGUGGCACUUGGAACAAGGGUUUGAGGAACAGCACGCCGAGCUGGAUGGCGGUUGGGAAUACUGAUCAAUUCUGAGGUGGGUUUGCUCAAAAGGUGCAACCCUUAGAGCAAUUUUUUUUCAUCCUGUUUUGUUUCCCAAGAAGUUUUACAUUUCAGUUCAGAUGAAACACUAACGUUUGUUAAAAUAUUAGGUUUUGUUUUGUGUCUUCCCCACCCCAAGUUAAGAUUUCAUUUUAGAGUUCUUGUUUGUUUCUGCCUAUCACUGCAGUGUUUCUCCUGUUUGUUUUUGAAGGGAUAGUUUCAUAACUUGGCACAUGCACAUCAAGCCAGGUUGUAAAAAUAGUCAAGUUUCUGUCUGUCAAUGCCACACUUCUUUUUUUUUUUUUUUUUUUUUUAAAUAUCAAACUCUUAACAGCUUGAUUCAAGUUGUGCAGUGUAUGCAUGAGAUCUUAAGUUUUGUUGCCUGAGAUGGAAGCCCUCCAUUACAAACAGUGGAGUAAACACUGCACUGAAUAUCAGGCUAGGAACGGGGGCAAUUAAUACAGUUAUUAUAAUGAGAUUAUUGUCAUAAUUAUCAUUUUGUAAUGACUUAUAAGAAAAUGGAAUGAAAAAGGCUGUUGUAACCUUGUGGCUAAUCUUCAGUGUUUGUAGAUAGUGUUGUUCUUCAGAAGACCUCAAUGUCUUCUUUUUCUCUUUUUGUAAGUCAAUAAUUUUGUUGCUGUUGUUCUUUGUAUGUCUGUAUUUCUGUUUUUUGCAAGGAUAGGGUGAAGCAAAGCCAAACAUCUCUGUGGAUACAUUGUACUGUUGCUAGUCCUGAUCUCUAAUUUUAUUUGUUUUAUUGUUUGUUUUGUUCUAUUUUGCCAGUAAAUAAAUCUAUCUUUUUCAUA